AUGAUCAUUAGGAGGUGCCCUUGUCAAAUUUUACAACCAAGAUGCUUAUAUCAAAUUACAUUUACAAUUUAUACCGUAACUUUCAGCACUGAUCCUAGUAACUCGAAACUAGGGCAGAUGAGUGAAGACGAGGUUGCUACCAUUGAGCUUAACUCCCUUGACAAGCAGAAUGUUCAACUGACGGUUCAGUCCUCCAGUGAAAAUGAUUCUUAUAAAUCAGGCAGGGAGCACUCCGGCGCUUUAGAAGGGAAUAAAGAAGAUGAGGAAGAUUUAGAAAUAGAUCUUAGGGAUCCAAAGACUUUCAAAUGGGUGCUAACUUCUUUAUGGACGAAUUCUGCACUAUCUGCCUUAGACGGCACUAUCGUUUCCACAACGGUUAAUGAUGUCGCUUCUCGAUUUCAACAGGCAUCUAUGGUUACAUGGGUAGCUACUGCAUAUCUUUUAACGACCACUGCUGCUCAACCUCUUUAUGGUAAGAUAAGUGAUAUUAUUGGCAGAAGGAAAUGCCUUCUUUUUGGUGAAAUUGUAUUUGCAGUGGGAGUUGGACUUUGCAUUUUUUCAAAGAGUAUUCCUCAGUUAGCUAUCGCUAGAGGUAUAUGUGGUAUUGGUGGUUCUGGUACUGGUGCUAUGACCAAUAUUAUUUUAUCUGAUAUGGCUCCACUAUCGGAAAGAGGUAAGUACUGGGGCUAUGGAUCAAUGCUUGGUGGUGUUUUCCAGAGUCUUGGUGGCCCACUAGGUGGUAUACUACUAACAUAUUUUGGAGUCAGUGGAUUGUUCAUACCGCAAAUUCCCUUUUGUUUGGCAACGCUAUAUCUGUCAUGGAAAUAUGUCCAAGAUUAUAACCAGGACACUAAAGGUUCUUGGAAAAGAAUCGAUUUUGGUGGUAGUAUCUGUCUACUGGUCGGAAUAUCUUCGUUCAUUUUCUUCUUUUCAGCAGAUGAGAAUCCAUCAAUAUCUGAGCAUAGCGGUUGGUCCCCUUACAAGAAAUGGAGUUUUGCCAUUUUCGUUCUCUUCACUAUCUUAUUUUUAGUGGUCGAGAAAUAUGUGGCACUUGAAAAUAUCAUCCCCAUGGAGGUCUUAAAAGGUACUUUGGGAUUGCUGGCAUUUAUCCAAGGUCUAGUCUCUAUGAUAAACUAUACAGAACUUUUUAUUGUCCCGCUUUUCUUACAAUUAGUUUGGGGGAUUAGUGUCAGUACAUCUGGAGCCUACAUUGUGUGCAUCGUUAUUUCGUAUUCUGUGGGGUCCCUGCUAAGUGGCGCACUCAUUAAAAAAGUUGCUAAACCAAGCCGUGAAUCUACCAUUUACUAUUCAGGAGUUUCCAUCUUUUACAUGUCAUUAAUCUCUAUGGUCGGUUACUACUUCUUGGAUAGAGCUGUUAGGUACACAAAACCGGUGUAUGGAGAUACAAAAGUGCCAGAAUCCCUAAAUUUCCAACUCAUCUUUGGCAUUACGCUCCUAGGAUUAUGUCAAGGUUCACAAGGUGUCACAAUUAUGCUUUAUAACGUGGCUAAAGUUGGUAGGAAGGGCCAAGCAUCUUCCACCAGCGUCCAGUUCCUUUUCAGAUCGCUAGGUAACGUUUUAAGUGUUUCCCUUGCAUUUAACGUUUUCACCAAUGCCUUAAGGAAGACUUUGGGCAAAGUACUGGCAGGCAAAAAUGAUGAGUUAUUUGCCCUUCUACUGAAAGAUAACGCUUUCUUGAGAAACAAAGAUAUGCCCACUGAUGAUCUUGAUUCCAUUUUGGAAGCAUUCCACAAGGCGCUAGUCUCAAGUUUUGUACCCUGCAUCUGGUGCCUCAUCCUGAGUGUAAUAUUCUCUGGGGUCCUAUGGAUUGCCGUGAGAAAACAGUAUAGAAGUGUAGCAUAG